AUGACAUGCUCUGCACAUUGUGCAGACAGCAUACGUUCACUUGUGGCCAGGAACUUCAACAAGACGGAUUGGCCUGUCGAGAUCGACAUCUGUUCUCUUCCUACGUUGCUACAGCAAGCCUUUGUAUGUUUGAUAUACUGGAUGGCCGAGUUGGUGCUCGAGGAUUGCUGUCAUCGAUCACCAGGGAGAGACCUACAGAACGCGAAGCCCCUUCUGAUUCAUGCGUAUAGCGACGCUGGUUCCACUGUCGCAGGUUAUAUAGCAUAUUUGGGGGAGGCUGGCCAAGGGACAGUGCUUUUCGCCGAGUGUUUCCGGUUCAAAGCAACUUCCUCUAAAGCUCUCGAACGUAGAGCGUUGAGCAGGUUGGUUGGUUCUCUGCAUGAAGAGCUACUAGCGUUAAGGAGAUUGGCUAAUCUGAAGAUUGUCCACCUAGCUGGCUCGAGGCACGGCAUAGCCGACGGGCUCUCUCGCACUUUUGACCAUAGCCUCUGCCAGGGGGCGGUUCGCGAGCAGUCCAAGCAGAGCAGUCCGCAGUUCGCGAGCAAGUCAACUUUUACUCCUAGCUCGCCCACAAUCAUUGUGGGAUUGUGUCAUUAUGGCAUCCAACCUUCCCCCGGUGGCAUCCAGCCCUCUUACAGUGGCAUCCAGCCAUUUCACAUUGGCAUCCAGCCAUCUCACAUUGGCAUCCAGCCAUCUCACAAUGGCAUCCAGCUAUCUAACAUUGGCAUCCAGCCAUCUCACAUUGGCAUCCAGCCAUCACACAUUGGCAUUCAGCCAUCUAACAUUGGCAUCCAGCCAUCUCAGAUUGGCAUCCAGCCAUCUAGCAUUGGCAUCCAGCCAUCUAGCAUUGGCAUCCAGCCAUCUCACAUUGGCAUCCAGCCAUCUCACAAUGGCAUCCAGCUAUCUAACAUUGGCAUCCAGCCAUCUCAAAUUGGCAUCCAGCUAUCUCACAUUGGCAUCCAGCCUCCCCUUAAUGGCGUGUAA